AUGGCGACUUUGUAUCCUCCCCCAAGCAAGCGCCAGAAGCUCGCUCAGGCCGAGCGCGCUCGCGAGCAGCAAGAACUUGAGACUAUUCCCUCCGAUUUGGGUAGUGUCCGAGUCCAGUUCUACGAUCAAGCAACCGGACAGCCCACCGGACCUGCAGUCUCGGUGCCCGUCGCCGAUGCCAAUGUCAAGAACCUCGAGACUCUGUUGAACACACUACAAGGAAAUGAAGAUGAUGAGCGGGUACCCUACCGCUUCGCCUACCACUCUGAAAAAGAAGGAGAAACAAUUGACAUCCUCCGUGAUGUGUACCACUCUCUCCUCGAGCCCGGAGUCAAGACAACCGAAGACACAGUAUCUCUCUUCUACACACCCCAGGCGGUCUUCCGAGUGAAAGCCGUUUCGCGAUGCGCCGCCUCUAUCGCGGGGCACGGCGAAGCCAUCCUGGCAACCUCAUUCUCCCCCAUCAACUCCUCCACCAUGGUCUCCGGAAGCGGAGACAACACCGCCCGUGUGUGGGACUGCGACACCGGAACCCCGCAACACACUCUCAAAGGUCACACCAGCUGGGUGUUGGCAGUCGCAUACUCGCCCAACGGUGCAAUGAUCGCCACUGGUGGUAUGGAUAACACUGUGCGCUUCUGGGACGCGAAAAAGGGUACUGCUCUCGGCGGUCCACUCAAGGGCCACUCAAAGUGGAUCACGAAUCUGGCCUGGGAGCCAUAUCAUGUGCAAGAGUCUGGACGGCCGCGUGUGGCGUCUGCCUCCAAGGACUCAACCGUGCGAGUUUGGGACGUCGUCUCCAGAGUCAUUGAUCAUGUGCUUACUGGCCACAAGUCCUCUGUUACUUGCGUGCGUUGGGGUGGAACCGGCAAGAUCUACACUGCGUCCCAUGACAAGACCAUUAAGAUCUGGAAUCCUAAGGACGGCACCCUGCUGCAGACGCUUUCUGCGCACGCUCACCGUGUCAAUCAUCUUGCUUUGUCUACUGACUUUGCUCUGCGCACUUCUUACCAUGACCACACUGGCAAGGUCCCUGGGACCGAGGCUGAGAAGAGAGCGGCUGCCAAGAAGAAGUUCGAGGAGGCAGCUACAGUGAACGGCGCCAUUGUCGAGCGGUUGGUCUCAGCCAGUGACGAUUUCACAAUGUACUUGUGGGAGCCGUCCGCUUCCAACAAGCCCGUUGCACGCAUGCUGGGUCACCAGAAGGAGGUGAACCAUGUCACCUUCUCGCCUGACAUGGCCUAUAUUGCCUCAGCCGGAUUCGAUAACCACGUCAAGCUUUGGAAUGGCCGUGAUGGAAAAUUCAUCACUACCUUCCGUGGUCACGUGGGUGCCGUGUACCAGUGCUGUUUCUCCGCCGACUCCCGCAUGCUGGUGUCUUCGUCAAAAGACACUACUCUGAAGAUUUGGGAUGUGCGCACCGGCAAGCUCCGCAUGGACCUUCCCGGACACAAGGACGAGGUCUUUGCCGUCGACUGGAGUCCCGAUGGACAAAAGAUCGGCAGUGGAGGUAAAGACAAGCAGAUCAAGAUCUGGCGGAACUAG